GAACUUACCACCAGGAUCACUGAGCUGCUGAGCGGAGAGGUUCCUAUAAGGUGUCAGGAUGUUACUGUCUAUUUCUCCAUGGAGGAGUGGGAGUAUUUAGAAGAACACAAGGAUCUGUACAAGGACGCCAUGAUGGAGAAUCACCAGCCCCUCACAUCACCGGAUGGAUCCAGUCAGAGAAAUCCACCAGAGAGAUGUCCCAGUCCUAUGUAUUUCCAGGACUGUCCAGAGGAGAAACCAAAUAUCCCACUGGAUCAUCAGGAAAUUUCUGGUGGAACAAGUGGACUUGAAAAACCCAUAUCCGUGAAAGAUGAGGACGAAAUGAGAGACUCAGAUGGACAUCUUUUAUGCAGAGAAGUAGAAGAUAACAAUGCCACACAAGCUAAUUCAAUAACUACUAAUGUACCCUUAGACUCUCACAGCGGAGAUCUAUCCACCAAUCCCACUGUUCACAAGAAACCAUUUUCAUGUCCGGAAUGUGGCAAAUGUUUUUCAAAGAAAUCAGGUGUUGUGGAACAUCUAAGAACUCACACAGGAGAGAAGCCUUUUUUAUGCUCAGAAUGUGGAAAAAGUUUUAGUCAGAAAUCAAAUCUUGUGGAACAUCUAAGAACUCACACAGGGGAGAAGCCAUUUUUAUGCCCUGAAUGUGGGAAAUGUUUUAGUCAGAAAAUAAAUCUUGUGGAACAUUUAAGAAUUCACACAGGGGAGAAGCCAUUCUUAUGUUCAGAAUGUGGGACAAGUUUUGGAAAACAAUCUACUCUUGUUAUACAUAAGAGAAUCCAUAGAGGAGAGAAGCCAUAUUCAUGUCCUGAUUGUGGGAAAUGUUUUGGUCAGAAAUCACAAUUUGUGCGACAUCUAAGAAUUCACACAGGAGAGAAGCCAUUUUCAUGUUCUGAAUGUGGGAAAUGUUUUGAUCAGAAAUCAGUUCUUCUAACUCAUCAGAGAACUCACGCUGAGAAAAAGCCAUUUUCAUGUUCAGCAUGUGGGAAAUGUUUUGGACAGAAAUCAAUUCUUGUUGAACAUCAGAGAACUCACACAGGAGAGAAGCCAUUUUCAUGUCCUGAAUGUGGAAACUGUUUUAGUCAGAAAAGAAAUCUUGUGAAACAUCGAAGAAUCCACACAGGAGAGCGGCCAUUUGCAUGUUCAGAUUGUGGGAAAUGUUUUAGACUCAAAUCAGUUCUUGUUGAACAUCAGAAAACUCACUCAGGGGAGACGCCAUUUUCAUGUCCUGAAUGUGGGAAAUGGUUUAGUCAUAAAUCAAGUCUUAUGGAACAUCGAAGAAUUCACACAGGGGAGAAGCCGUUUUCAUGUUCAGAUUGCGGAAAGUGUUUUGGUCGGAAAUCCGUUCUUGUUGAACAUAAGAGAAUUCACACAGGGGAGAAGCCAUUUUCAUGUCCUGAAUGUGGGAAAUGUUUUGCCCAGAAAUCUGGUCUUAAUACGCAUAAGAGAACUCACAGAGGAGAAAAACAAAUUUUAUGUCCUAAUGUGGGAAAUGGUUUAGUUAUAAAUCAAGUCUUAUGGAACAUCUAAGUGUUCAUACAAGAGAGGAGCCAUCUUCAUGUUCAGAAUGUGAGAAAUGUUUUGUCCAGAAAUCGGUUCUUAAUAUGUAUAAAAGAACUCACAUUCCUUUAGGCAUGUGUAGAUUGAACAUUCUGGGCCUUUGCGAGGGCAUCUUCAAUCCGCCCCUUGGAGUCUUUCCCAGUAGGAAGGGCCUGGCUGCAGUUAUGCUCAGCUCUAUAGUUUGCUCGAGCCUUUGGGUCCAAUAACCAAUUUGUCUAGGCAUUCCACCAGUUUUCAAUCCCUAUGUCUGCAGCCUUCUCCUCCGGUUCAUAUGGUGCCUCUAGUCCACAGACUGCUGUAGGGCAUGGAUGGAUUUUCUUUCCAUUCGUUAAACCAAACUUUUUCUCCUGCACAGUCAUACUAGUUC